AAAAAAAAAUAAGAAAUAUUACACACAAAAUGAUGCAAAUUAAACAGGCGAAAAACAAUAAAAGUGAAAUUAUUAUGGUCGAGAGGAAACCAAAGAUGCAGUCGGCCAACACAAACACUUCAAUUAUUACAUACAGUCCUAGCAAAUUUAUUGCCAGGGCUGGAACACCAUACACAAAAAUACAAACACACACACAAACACAUACAAACACAAAUAUAGCCAGAGCGUCUGCUCCAACAACAUCAGCAACAGCAAAAAUGCCAACAGCUGGAACCGCUAAUACCUCUUACUAUGUGGUUAAGGCGGGCCAGCUGGGUAGUGCGGCUUCCAUAUUGAGCUCGCCGCCAAAAGCAGCGACAGCAGCCUCGGCCGCGUCUGCAACGAUUUCAACAGAGAGUACAAGCACUAUUUCGGCACCCAGUGAAUCCUCAAUGGAACAUACCUAUAUGCGCGAUGCUCCGCGAUCGGACAAUACACUAAACAAUGGUUUAGCACCCACUCGCACUAUUCUCGUCCGCCAUGCACCGCAGUGCCCCACAUGUCACACAUAUCCAGCUCACGAGGAUUCGGGAGACUCAGUACAGGCAGCCCAAAUACCAGCCUACGAUGAGAUUGCGGCAAAGGAAAUGAUGAACGAGUGCGCACGCAUUGCCAAAUAUGUGCGAAAUAAUAAUUCCGAUGAUCAGGAUUGGCAGGAGCGCAUCAAUCGCACUGGCUGGACAACCAUACAGCAAACGCUGUUUGAUAAAGUUGCAACCAUUUUGGAUCAGGAUCAAUUAGCUCGUUUGGCUAACGAUAAGCGCCAGCAUGAGGCAGUGCAUCGACGAGUGGCUGUUGAUAAGUCCAGUUCGCGUAUGCGACGUGCUUUAGCCAGCGUUGCUUGGGAGCCGCGCACCACACAGUGGCUGCAUGCGUUGCUCAUGGAGCAGCUGCCACCUUCAUAUAUGGCCUCCUAUUUGGAUAUUAUACAGACGCUUAAAAGCAAACUGCCGACACUCAUUGACAAAAUGCUCUUCAGUCGUCCGCUGAACAAUUGCCAAGAGCUACUAGCUCCUGUUAUGAAGCAGCGCUGGCAACCGGAUAUACUGGCUAAGUCACGUCAUCUGGCACACAAUGCCAUUAUGGUCGCAAUACCAAAUAUGCCCACCAGUGGCCCUGUGCCGCAGCGCAUGCAAAAUUGGUACGAGGCCUUGGCAAGCAUAACCCAAAUAGUCCAGAUCACGCUGCCGAAUACGAACGAUCGCAUUGGCGGCCAGAAUCUGGAUCAAGUGGCCGAGACGAUUGUCUCGCUGACUCGUGUACGCAUACACGAACUGCGCAUCGAAGAUCCCAAUCGUGGCAUCAUACUCAUUGGCUUUAAUGCCGGUUCAGCACUCGCUCUGCAAGUGGCCAUGUCGGAGAGCGUUGCAUGUGUGAUUUGCAUGGGCUUUGCCUACAAUACGUUGCGCGGGCCACGUGGUGCACCCGACGAUCGUCUGCUGGAUAUCAAGGCACCCAUUUUAUUCGUCAUUGGUCAGAAUUCGGCUCGCAGUAGCCAGGAGGAAAUGGAGGGCUUGCGCGAGCGUAUGCAAUCUGAAUCCUCGCUAGUCGUCGUCGGCAGUGCCGACGACGCACUGCGUGUGCCUAAGAGCAAGCGUCGCAUCGAAGGCGUCACCCAAGCCAUGGUCGAUGCUAUGGUCGUGGAUGAGGUCUAUGAGUUUGUCAACAAGACGUUGAGCAAUCCGCCAGGUCCACGCAUGCCUACUUCUCUGCUGGGCAGCAAUUCGUACCAGCGGCAGCCCAAGCAACACCAGCAUAUUCUGGCUGAUGGGAAUAUGAAUAAGGCACAGAUUACACCAGCACGCAAGCGUAAGGCAAAUGAUGUCGGGAUGGACGAGAGCUGUAUGGCCACUAAAUCGAAAAUUGUGCCGCACACUCGCGCACCUAAGAUGCCCAAGCCAAAGCCGCCGCGUCUCAUUGAUCCGUUUGCGGUGAAGCGAAAGGUUGGGCGCCCUCGCACGCGUCCACUGCCUGGCGGCGUGCCAGCAACUGGCAUCAAGUCAAACCUAUUGGAGAAGAACGUGCUGACCAAUGAGGAGAUGAACAUGUCCAUUGAGUCUAUGCUGGAGGAGACACUCGACUAUGAUGAUAAUCAGCAGCCAACGACAGGUACUGCGACCACAGUGGUAAAGUCAGUGCAGCCAAAUGUAAUAAAGCCCGUGUCGACGCCAACCACUGUGGCGCUGGCAACAGGGACAAAGAUCAAGAUGAUACCAUCCAGUCAGUUCGUGCAGCUGAAGUCGCUGCCGGCCCAGAACAAACUUGUUAACUACACCAUCAGCAAAGGCAGUGGCGCCGCCAGUGUGGCCAGCACAAGCAUUGGCAGCAUUGUCAAGACGCUGCCACCGUCAAGUGGUCAACAGAUCUUUACCCUCAAAGCUCCGUCGGGACUCACAACGCAAUUUGUGACUGCAGCUGCUGGAAACACUGCGAAUGCUUCGACACCGGCUGCAGCGGCAACCCAGCAGAAGUAUACCGUGGUAAAAAAUUCCAGCGGAAUAACCAUGUUGCAGAUGACCAAGAAUGUGCCAGCAACACAACCAACUGUGGGCAGUAAUGUGGAUCUUUCGAAUAUCAUAGACAUGCCAAUUGUGUUUGCCGACAAUGAAGGCAAUUUCGCCGAGCAGCAGCAGCAACAGAAGCAGCAGGGAGAGCCCAUCAAAACAGCUACCAGCAGCAGCAGCGCCAACAACCCCCUAAUAAUCAGCCAAAAGAUCAUCAAGGAAGCUGUCAAUUCGCAAAUCAAGCCAUCCAGUAUUGUGGCCAACGGCAAGGGCAUUGUGAUUAAUAAAGGCAUUCAGCAGCUGUUUACCACAGCAGCAACAACUGGAAAUAAGCUGGUCUAUUUGAAUCGCAGCAGCAUGAAGCCAUUGGGAACAGCAACAGGAAGCACGCCGAUAACUACAUCGCGCCUGUCGAACGGUACAACGCCACUUCCGAUACGGAUUAUGGGCAGCGCUAAGCCGGCAAUAGGAACGGGCACCGCGAACAGUCCAUUGCUGCUUGAUAGCGCAAAUGUGAAAGCUUUGAAUCUGCAACCAAUCAAGACAACAGGAGGAACGCCCGUACUAAAUGCUGGCACGGCGGGCGCACUGCGUCUGGGCAAUAAGACAUAUCCGCAGUUUCAAGUAAUCAACAAUCCAGUUAUUGGCCCCAGCGUCACGGGCGAUGGCAAACAGCAGCAGCAGCAGCUGCGCAACGUUUUCAUCAAAUCCGCCACUGGGCUGAAGCCCGUGCAAAUGCUGACCAACCGAGCGCCGGCAAUACCCGCCAUUGCGCCCGGCGGUGCUGCAGUGCGUCGCGUGGUGAACAUUGGCCCCAUCUCCAAGCAAACCACUAUGACUGUCAACUCCCAGACAAUCAAGGAUUCCAAAAUCAUAAAGGCGUCGCCAACGACAACAGCAUCAGCAACUGCGGUGACGGCAGCUACAACAACGGCAGUCUCCAUGGGAACUCUUCCGCAGAGCAAGGCCUUGGAGUAGUAGCCCUCCUGCACACCUCUGUAUCCAGACUUUUUUGUUAAGCUUUCAUUUAAAUUGUAAUUGGACUCUGAGACCUUAAGAAGUUAUGCCAUAAGUUAUUUUAUAGCACCUGUGUACAUAGAACAUGUUGAUCUUUUAAAUAUACAUAUGUUCACAUUUUAAAA